AUGUGUUUUAUUUCAUGAUGAUUCCCAGUCACUCACACAGUUACAAGUACCCACACCACAAACGCACAACGUCAUCACACGGUGACCUUUGUACGCGCCGCCAUACUGUCAGUGAGGCUGUUGCGCUCGCAGCGGGAACACGACGCAAACCAAUUACGCGCGAAAUCACCGUCAUGGAAAGUAAGAGGAAAUCUAAAAAAAGACGACCCAAAGGAAAAGACAAAAAUGAGACCUGCAAUAGAAAAAAUACGACGAAAUCUAUUGAAAUGGACACGGAGGAGAAACGACCACAACGGACGAACAAGGCUUCAAUGAAAAUGUUUGAAGAUAAUGUCUCAUCACGGCAAAGUACACCAGACCCAUUUAGCGACGAUGGAGAGUAUGGCUCCGAUGAAGAAUAUGAUCCUGCCUCUGACGAUUCAGACAGUAGUGUUGUUAGUGAUUUGGAAUUUUGUUGCAGACGCACUAAACCAUCUUUGGGGAGCAGUUCUGAGUCUGAAGCUGGUACAGAUAAUGACGAUGAUAACGAAACCGAUUCGUUUUCGAAAGCUUCAAGUAAUAGCAGUAUUUUUGAUUCUCAUCGCCGCCGCCGUUUAGCUCUUAAACGUUCCCAUUCAACCACUUCAAACAAUGGCACAAACAAACCUAAAACAAAACAGGCGAAAGUUGAACAUGCUGAUGACAGUGCAGACACAAUUUUUUUGCAUUCAGAAACUUUAAGGAACAACUUGGGUGAUAUAAAAGUUUUAGAAAUCUCAUCUUUGCUUCCUGACCCGACAGAAAUAGAAAAUAUGUCAAUUUGUACGAGAAAUCAGUCACCUCUGGCAUCGCCGCCGCCACCGGAUCCGGUUGAAGCUGAAAGAAAUGACUCACCUGCGUCGCCGCCGCCACCGGAUCCGGUUGAAGCUGAAAGAAAUGACUCACCUGGUUCGCCGCCGCCACCGGAUCCGGUUGAAGCUGAAAGAAAUGACUCACCUGGGUCGCCGCCGCCACCGGAUCCGGUUGAAGCUGAAAGAAAUGACUCACCUGCGUCGCCGCCGCCACCGGAUCCGGUUGAAGCUGAAAGAAAUGACUCACCUGCGUCGCCGCCGCCACCGGAUCCGGUUGAAGCUGAAAGAAAUGACUCACCUGCGUCGCCGCCGCCACCGGAUCCGGUUGAAGCUGAAAGAAAUGACUCACCUGCGUCGCCGCCGCCACCGGAUCCGGUUGAAGCUGAAAGAAAUGACUCACCUGCGUCGCCGCCGCCACCGGAUCCGGUUGAAGCUGAAAGAAAUAACUCACCUGCGUCGCCGCCGCCACCGGAUCCGGUUGAAGCUGAAAGAAAUGACUCACCUGCGUCGCCGUCGCCACCGGAUCUGGUUGAAGGUGAAAGAAAUGACUCACCUGCGUCGCCGCCGCCACCGAAUCUGGUUGAAGCUGAAAGAAAUAACUCGCCCCGUGCGUCACUAUUGCCAUCAAGAUCUGAAGAUGCCCAAAGAAAUAAUCCGACCGGAAUCCCGGAAGAGGGUAAUGUUAGACAGUCUGGUAACGACAUUGAAGCUCCAAAUGACUGGGAAACUACAAAAGCGGAUAUACCGUUAUUUAAAUUUGAUGCCCUUUCUGCGGGUGCUCAAUUUAAUGUCGGUCCAGGUACGACGGUCUUAGAUGUUUUUCAUAAAACGUUCCCACCUAAUAUUAUUGACUAUAUUGUAACAUGCACUACUAACGCCUAUGGAAAAGCACUUUGUUUGUCAAAAAGACCAGCAACCAGGAAUACACGUCAUUACAAUUUAAAGACACGAACCAAGAAGUCCGUAAGUUUCUCGGUUUGUGUUUGCUUAUGGGUCAAAUAAAAAUUCCCCAAAAACGAAAGCAUUUUACAUACAGUGAUCCACUGUAUUACCACCCAAUAUUUUCUUUUAUAAUGUCAGCAAGAAGAUUCGAACAAAUUCUAAGAUGCCUAUGUGCAUCAGAUUUAACAGCAAAAGGAAAAGAAAAAAAUUUGAAUUUUAUUGAAAUGCUGUGUAAGAACUUCAGAGAUUGUUAUAAGCCAUACAGAGAUCUCAGUUUGGAUGAAUCUCUGCUCUUAUUCCGGGGUCGACUAUCAUUCCGGCAAUACAUAAAAAGCAAAAAAGCCCGUUAUGGCAUAAAAUUCUACGAACUGAUAUCAUCAGAUGGUUAUGUUCUAAAUUUAAUGAUGUAUGCCGGAAAAGACGCUGAAAACGAGGUUCAGAAAGGAAAAAAAACC